CACCUUUUACAACGCAGUUUGGAUAGAAAACUCGAUUGAACCAGUUAUAAAGAUCCCUCAUUACCCAUUUAAAAGUGCGCUAGCACGUGUCUGGUUUGAGUGGAUACUGAGAAGUGGAAUGCCACAUUAUACUGGUCGGCUGGUGUUAAAAGCGUACGUACGUAUAAAAUGUAGAAAUAGGUGUUUUAAAUUUGGAUCGCCGCCCGGCUGGUUUGGCGCGCAGUCCCGCGAGUAUCGCACAUUAUAACACAGUACUAUCCUGCUCUGCGCAGUUAAAUAACAAGGGGAAGGGACAAUCGCUAAUCAAUUUCCCUUAAAAAGUGUUCUAAAGCUUCACGUGACUAAGAUGGAUCGACUAGUUCGAAGUUUGUUUACGCGAGUGUGCUGUCGAAAAUAGAUUCUUUUAUUAGACGUCGACCUGCCCUGAUACAAUAGAGGUGUUUGUUAUUGGAUUGUCGCGAAAGGUCGACAAGUUAAGAUACUCGUGAGGUGAUGAGUGAAGAGGGAAAUGAAAAGAAAAGUAGAUUAACCCUCCAAAUUCCCACAAUCACCCAAGAUUCCCAGUGCCAAACCUUAGGACACCUAGUAUCUAGAUCUAAAUCCAGUGAGAAAGCAAACGUAGACGAAAUGGAAACCCAGAAUAUGUCCAUCAAGAAGAGGAGGAACCUUUCGAAGAAUAGAGGCCAAAGAGAGAAAACUCCUGAACCCGGGCGGACUCCUAUUCCUCACGAAGACACACCUACCUCAGAUGAUGAAGACUACCAACCAAGAAACUCUAGAGAGAUAGAAGCAGAUAACACAUACGAGGAAAUGAAGCGCUUAGUUCAGGAACAGUCUGGAGCAAAAGAUCCAGUAUAUGACUUGGAUACAGAAGCAGUCAUCGAAGCAAGGGCAAUGGCUGCUAACGAAAGGAGGCGAAGGAGUGUAUCUCCCUUUGCUGUUAUGGAAAAAGACAGGGAAGUAGAGCCCAUAGGAUUACAACGCAAAGGGAGUUUCGUUGAUCCUACCAACAAGCUGCUAAGCACGACAUAUACAUUGAGUCCAAAAGACGAAGACACUGGUCGGCGAGGCUCCUUAACCUUUGAGCCUCCGCCAGAAAGAAAGCGAUCCCUGACACCUUCAACACCAACGACCGCAUCGCCCAAAGACACUAACUUCCCAUACCCGUUUCCUUCGACGCCGAAAAAAUUAGAAGCAAUGGUGUACCCGGACGAACAAGCUGCGAAGACUGAAGAUAAACCAAAAAUACCAAAAACUCCAGUUAAAAAAGACGUCUUCACAUUUGAUCAAAAACAUGAACCACAAGAGAAAAAACCAGUUACGAAACCAAAAACUCCUGAAACACCAGCAAGUCCCGGAGAACUAGUGACUAAAGUUUAUCAAAUAGAACGCACGCCGAGUAGAAAGGUGCUUCCUGAAAAUAAGCCUGCAGUUGAAAUAAGGGAAAGAGUUGUUAGAACUCCAAGUAGAAAGUUAACAGGAGAAGGUAGGCCAAACAUUGUGAAACAAGUUCUCAAACCAAAAGAUGACCCGGCGCAAACACAAUCUAAAAUACCACCAGUAAAACCAGCACGGAGCAAAUCCGCAACACGAUUCGGGGUCAGUUUUUUCGUUAUGUUCUUUUUGAUUCUGUUAAUUGCUUUGUUAAUAGCGCUGUAUUUUAUGUUGAAUUAACGAAAAAUGAAAUAUGAACACCAUGUAUAUAGUUUAACAAAAUAGAAUAGAAGACAAACUAAUACAUACCUGUAAUGAUAUUUACAGGGUAAAACUAGUGAGAGUGAGAUGAGUGAGGAUCAAAUUAAUCAGCAAAAUUUACCGGCACAAGCAGCGCGGCGUAAAGUAAUGCCUACACCUCGGAGGUUUGUAAAGAAUAGAUCACCCAGAGCAAAUCGAUCACAGUCCGU